AUGUCACUCAGAAAUGUCGCCGUUUUACUUGUCAACCGGUCCAUCGCAUUCAAUCAUUUACGGCACUCAAGUUUACGGUCGCAUGUCUAUAUUCCGCUGAAUACGAGGGCCCGAUUUCUAGCCACUGUUCCCUCUUCCGGACCAGACUUGAAGAUCACGGGGCAGUGUAACGUAGACGGGGAUGAAACCAUACAACGACAUAUUCCAUUGGCUCCUUCGAUUCGCUUGGCGAAUUCAUCCACUGAUGAUUUGCGUCAGGAAUUCCUCGCCUAUUUCCAGAGUAACCAGCACACUGUUGUUGCUCCGGCAAGUGUCUUUCCAAAACUGCACGAAGGCAGUUAUUUUAUCAACGCAGGUAUGAAUCAAUUCAAACCGUUAUUCCUCGGUCAAAAAACCGCUGCCACUUCCGUCCAAUUCAGUCGACUGCGUCGCGCAACAAAUUCGCAACCGUGUAUCCGAUUGGGUGGCCGGCAUGAUGAUCUGAAUGAUGUGGGCUACGAUCGCCAGCAUCACACCAUGUUCGAAAUGUUGGGCAGCUGGUCGUUCGGGGACUAUUAUAAGGAGGAGGCUUGUCGGUUCAUGUGGAACUUUGUGACCAAAGUUCUGGGUCUACCAACAAACGCGUUGUAUGUGACCUAUUUUGGUGGAUGUCCAAAAUUGGGAUUGCCCGCAGAUGACGAAACACGUGACAUUUGGUUACGGCUUGGUGUGAUGGAUCAGAAACUAUUGCCGUUCGGCAUGGAGCACAAUUUCUGGCGUGCUGGACACGCUAGUGGUGCCGGUUUGUGCGGUCCGUGUACCGAAUUGCACGUCGAUUUCCACGCGUUGCACAAUUCCGAUGGUUUACGUUGUGCCCGAUGUCUGAUCAAUACGACCACGCCGCAAGUGGUCGAGUUGUGGAACACAGUGUUUAUCUCGCAUCGUAUGAAAAAUGUCGAGGAUGGACGACUCACUCGGGAUGCCCUGGAGCCGUUACCCCAACGAUUUGUGGAUACCGGUAUGGGGUUGGAGCGAUUAGCAUGUGGAGUGACCUCAACCUACGACACAGACGUGUUUCAGCCUCUACUUGAAUUCGUUCAAGGCAAAGCCACAACUUCUUCGUGGACUCCACCACCCUAUGGUGGUGAAUUCAUCCCUUUCUGUCGACAAACUCCAACCGGACUGGGCGAUCAAGUGAAAAUUGAAGAGGAGGGGUCUAUCACAGACACAUCGAAACGCAGUUUCUCCUCUCUAUUCCGUAAACUGUUGGCUCCCAAACGCGCCAGUCGAGUGCAUGAGGCUAAGGCCAGUCCCGAAUAG